UUCCUGUGAAAUUACGGAAUCCUUAAAUGAAUACUAAUACUGCAGCUACCCUAAAGGAGGACAUGGACCUCUGUUUCCAAGCUGCCAUGCACAUAAAUCCUAAGCAAUCAGUCUAAAGCUUCGCAGCCUUUUCAGUGAGCAAACCUCACUUGUGUCGACAGAGUAACUCUUGAAAAAAUGAAAUUACACAUGGAAUUGGGCUCAAAACUCCCCAGAGGACAAAAAUACCUUUGGCCGUGUCAGAGAAGUGCUUGAGAGAGCUUGCACUUGCAGAUUAUGUUCCCGUAAACACGCAGGGAGGAAGCAGGAGCAGGAAAUACCGGUGCUGCCGCGCCGGGCUCCCGCCGGAGCCCAUGCCCCUGGUUUGUGCGCAGGGAGCAGGAGAUGGGGAUCGGGGACGGGCUGCGCAGCUUCAGCAUCAGCAAGAGCCUCCCUGCCUUUAUGAGCAGCUUCCAACCGGCAGCCAACGCUGAUUUAAUACUAAUGCUUUUUUGAUGAAUUGUCUCUUAGUCUGUUUUGAAUACUUUCUGCAUGAUUAAUUAAUGUACUGAAAUAAAUUAAAUUGCCUUGUUAAACUUUACGCUAGUAUGUACAAACAGGCGGCUGGUAGUCACGGCUCUCAUUCGAUAUUUUAUCUAAUCUUCGCGUUCUCAAGGACGGGGCACUGCUUGUUAUCUAAAAGCCACUUAACUGCGUGAAAACGUGAUGUCAUGCGUCUCUAAAUAUGUGUAGGUAUUUGUGCUCAGUCUGUUGAGAAACAGGCUGGAAUAUAGCGAGAUGUACGUAAUUACAUUCUUCUAAUGAUAACAAAACCCACUUGAAAUUGGCAAGAGAUGAAAACCUGCAGCCUCAUAUAUGGAAUUUUGCUUGAGUAAAGCGUUCUGUAACAUUAUGCUGGGAUAAAACGGCGUGAUUCAUCGCUGGAAGGACACUCCCAUCUGGAGCAGAUAGUUAGAAAUCACUCGCCAUUGACCCUCCUGAGCGCUGGCAUCAGCUCCUUGGAGAGGAGAAGCAGCAGGGGCAGCGGCCAGACACGCAGUGGGCACGUUUGUUCCAUGACGGAGCAGCCUGGCUGCCACAGGACGGAGCCGGGGCACUCACGGAGCACGCAGACGGAGCUCCCACUGAAGGGAGCCGGGAACCGGCCGGCGGAGAGCACCAGGAGGAUGUCCCCGGGGUCCCCGCUCCGCUGAGGGCGCGAUGGGAGCCCCCUGAACGGCGGGGCUGAAAAUACAUGGUGCAAAGGUGGAAAGAAGCUUAACCAAGGUGGUGGUGCAGACUUGUGUGCGGUGAGAAGACUGCAGCCAGUGGAGGUGCAGAGCCUCUGGAAUCGCUGCCCAGGAUCCCGCACAGCUGCUGAAGCUUCAGUUCACAUUUGUCUUUGGACAGCGUUUCAGAAGCGGAAAUUCUUACCUGCAGCGAUAAGGGAACUGCGUGGAGGAAACGCAAAGAACAGUGAGAUAACUUGCAGGAGCUGGGAAAGUCACGCUGGUAACGUGCCCGAGGAGCGAUUACUUGCCUGCAUCCAGGAGCAGAUCUUCCAGCAUCGCCCUGCGUGUAGCUCCUUCGGCUUCGCGUACCGCUCAUAAAUAAUCGUCCUAGCACGGCGUGGUGUGAGCUUUCUGACCGCUGCCGCACUCCCAGGGCCACCGCAUGAGCACGGCCUCGGCGGGCGAUGGCCUCGCAGCCCAGGCUGGCCCGCGUCCUGCUGCUCGGCCUCGUGGCUGGCUGGCUGAGGGCCGCGCAGCCCCGGGACUUCACGGUGAAGGACAUCGUCUACCUCCACCCCUCCACCACGCCAUUUCCUCAUGGAUUUAAAUGCUUCACCUGUGAAAAGGCAGCAGAUAAUUACGAAUGCAACCGCUGGGCUCCGGAUGUCUACUGUCCAAGAGGUACAAGGUACUGCUUUAGCCAACACAUGAUGAAAGUUACCGGGGAAAGCGUAUCCGUCACCAAGCGCUGUGUGCCACUGGAGGACUGUCUGUCUACUGGAUGCACAUAUGUAAAGCACGAGGAAUACAAGGUAUGCACUUCCUGCUGCGAAGGCAGCAUCUGCAAUUUGCCACUCCCAAGGAACACAACAGACGCCGUGUUCACGACCCUGUCCCCGCUCAGCAGCACAAAAGGACUUUCCUGUCCCGUAACGCUGACAGCCGCCUGCCUCCUGUUGGGGUUCCUCUCGUAGCAUCGCCUUGUGCUGCUCCACGUGGCACACGGACACGAGGAUCCAGCCUCCUCACAUGUGCUUGGGACCUGCGUUUUGGAGCUGUCUUUGAAAAACUGACUUUUGUUAACAGUGAACUGGUGAUCCUGGUAUGUAGAUGAAUUUGAAGGGGGUUAAAAAACCAUGUUUCUUUACCGUUUUCUGAAGAAACUCAUGCAAAACGUGUCCAGAAUUAGGGCUUAGACUGAUGCAUACGCUUUUCUAAAUGUCUGUCUUUUCUCCAAGAAUUUUUUUUAUUUAGAAGCACUCCAUCACUGCCACCUCCUGUUAUCACCACUUGCUCAGUCGAAACUUUCUCGUUUUCAUCAUUUGGCGCAGCAAUUGCUCCAGUUAGCCCGCUUUGAGAACGUGUGGUAAAUCGCAUAGAGCUGCUCUGCCUCUGCAGGCUUUACCUUCUUUCCUCCCCUCUCUUCUCCUCUCCUCCUGUCGGAGGGGGGACAAGCCAUGCGCUGCAAGGAGCAGGUCGGAAAGGAGCCAUGGCAGCUUGGGGCCAUCCAGCACCACACCACGUGGGUUCUUCCUCCGAGGCUGUCCACAGCCAGCAAGAAGCGGCACCCCACAACAGCCCGCACUUCGCCACAUAGGUGGGUUGUAUUUGGGUGUCAAGGCAGAGGGACUCCAAAACUGGAGCUCCUGAAGCAGUGCUGGGAGGGAGGUGGAUGAACAAGCCCUGACCUCCACGCGGGGAGCUGGCAGCUCUGGCUUUGUGGUGCCAGCGUUGGGGCGUUUACACGUCUCUGCGCUCUGGCACGUGGUCCUGUGAGCUGUCACCUUGGUCCCGAUGCAUCAAAAGAGGCUUGAGCAGGACUCCAAGCAUGAAUAACCCUGCUGAGCCACACGCCGUGGGCACCUUGGUCCACAAGCGACGGGGAGCGGCAGGUAAGCGAGGUGAGGCUGGCCUCUGCAUGGCUCCUGCUGUGGUGUCUCCCCAGUGAAUUAGUAUCGGUCGUUUCUUCACGACUUCAGAGUUAUGCACGCAGCAUCACUGAGGUACCGGGAGCUUUAAGUUGAAAAGGUAAAAAUUGAGAGAGAGGAGUAGGCAAUGGCAGUCUGGACAAGGGGACACACGGUUACUGCAUGAGAGAGGCUGGAUCCUGAACAGCCUGUCUCGUUUUGUUGACACACUGCCAUUGCAGAGUAUGGAAUACCACUGGCUGCAGCUUUGUGUUGGUGACCUGUGGUUCUGCUUUUGUUUGGACAUAGUGUAUGCAAUAUUUAUUUUUGUAUGUUGAGUAGGCUCUAAAGUGUUCAAACAGUACUUAACACAGUUAUUGCCAGGAAAGAAAAAAAAAAAAAGGUGGUUUUGCAAAUGGGUAAGCCUGUAGUAUAUAAAUUAUCAUAAAUAUAUAUAUAUAUAUAUAUAUAUAUAAUGUUUUGCAUCACUGUUGAAAAAGAAUUGACUUUGUUUUGCAAGGUCAGUUAUAAAAACAGGGUGUCCGUGGACUUCUUUUAAAGCUAAACAAUUAUUAUUUUUUUAUUUAAAAAACCCCACCAUAGUCAUAAAUUGUUCUUUGAUGGGCUAAUUUUGGCUAGUCGUGCUCCAAGGUAACUUGGACAUUUUGAUGUGAGAUAAGUAUUUUUAAAAUUUACAUAUAUACUUAUUGUCAAAAUUGAACUUUGAGCACUGGUUCUUUCAUUUUUUUUUACCUUUGCAUAUAAAAACUAAUCUUUCAAGGACAGCCUAGCUGCUGGCACUCAAAACCUUGCAUUUUGAAGUCCUUUCAGUUCUCCUGUGACUUGCUCACAGCUCUCUAGUGUUAAGGGGGUAGUUGCAAUCUGCUAUUUUAUGCCAGUUAGACCUACCUUGGAGACCCUGAAAACAAAUCGGCCGUGCUGUGUCCGGCCUGUGCCCUCCUGUGCCAGCUCUCGGGAGCAGAGCUGGGUGCUGGCUGCUGGCAGAGCUGCUUGCUGCGUGUGCCCUGGGAGCAGGACAGAGGGGACGAGUUCUUCUCCUACUGCAAUUUAAAUAUUUAGUGAUUACUAUUAUCCUGCAGAACUGGAGCUGGGGUUGGGAAUGCCCUCGUGCUUCAGCUGUUCCGGUGUGCGGCCUCCCCGUGUUUGCCCCAUCCUGUGCAGGUGGUGGCUGUUCAGCAGUGGGAUUCUUUAACCUAACUCUCCCAACCUAACCUGUGCUAUGAUAACUCCAAACCCGCUGCCUAUAACCACGUGGAUCACGCUGCCCAAGGGGCAGUUUCCUUCCCAGGGAGCUGGAGGAGCGCUGCCGCCACGCGAGGAGGUGCCAGCGGGGAGGUGACACGUGUGCCACCGCCAGCUGCCUGACGAGUGGCAGAGAGCCACCCGCCACCAGGAGCAUCUGGCAGAGAGCUGCCUUUGGGCUGUGCUCGGGUGGACCUCAGGCAGACCGGAGACAUUUCGGGGCACCUGGUAGCGCUCCCUGCCCACAAAGACUGCAACUCCACCGAUCCAGGUCAUACAUCAGCAUUACAGAGGCGUUGGAGCAAGCUGGGUACUUCAACUCCCUUUGCAGUCAGUGAAGGAUAAGGUGGCCUUCUUCAUAUGCCAAGGUGGGGGCAAAUUGUGUCAGCUGCGGCAUGCGAUGGGACUGAAAAGAGCGAGUCCAGGGGAUGGAGAAGAAGCUGAGACCCUGCACGACUCUCCCCCCGUUGGGGGUCUCUUAGAGCAUUUAAUGCUGAGCUGCACCAUAUUUAUUGUCAUGCUCUAGAUAGGUGAUAUUCUCUUUAAAUGUCUAAUUUUUUUUUUAAACUAUUGUAAAUGCUGUACAUUUGUAUAAAUAAAUGUUUUAAAUCUUCA